GUUGUCAGUCAAAUUGCAAAUGGUAGGGCAUGUAAUGUUGUUCUGAAGAUAAGUUAUAUAUAAAAUUCAGUAAAUAUUCAUUAGCUUAAUAAAAAUCCAAAUAUCACAUCUGAAGCCUAUAAGGUCUCUGCUAUGAGUAAUAAAGAAAAAUUACCAAAGCUUGUUGAUGUAUAUCGUCCGUCGAACCCUGUUGGUAGGAGGCAACUACCACUAGUUGUUGAUGAAAAUUUAACGCUGGUCAUGGAUGUAAAGAGUUCUGGAAUAAUUUGUGAUAAUCAAGUACUGAGAGGGAAGGACCUUGAAGAGUUUGCUUACAAAUGGGGGGUUCUGUCCCCACAAGAGCUUCAGAAUGCUCUGCAAAUCACUAAAUCAGAACUAAUGCAUGUUCUGAACCAAAAUGUACCAUGUGUUGGUUGUAGAAGAAGUGUUGAUAGACUGUAUUACCAGUUAUUCAAAUUUGGUCAUCCUACACUGGACCCUCUAAUUGUCAAGUCAGAUGGAACUAUCACAAUAAAGGAUGACAAACAAGCCUAUCCUAUUCUUGGAUCCAUUUUCCAUGAUCAUUCUGUGCGCCUAGCAAAGCUGAUUGAAAAUCAACCAAAAAGGAACAAAAAGAGUGUCAGGUGUCUCUUACAUUCACUGGAUUCUCAACGCACUAGACCAUUGACUCCUGUUUGGAGAGAUGUGUGGGACUGUAUGAAACCUGAUUGCAAAAAAGAUGUUUGUAUCAUUGAAGCAUCUAGUCUUCACAGCACCUUGGAGACAUACUUGCGCAAGCAUAGGUUUUGUGGGGAAUGUAGAACAAAAGUUCUCAAAGCUUAUACCCUACUUGUUGAAGAACCUGAGCCAACAAAAGAAAAAGGAUAUGUUUCUUCUCUGUAUUCUGGGAUAAAGAGAUGCUUGCCUGAUAAGCACAUCCAUUUACAAACUAAGACUGACUAUAUUACAAAGUUAAUUAGUCGUGCAGAACCUGAACUUUUGGGAAGUCGUCGCGAAAGGCACGCCAAAACAUUGGAGAUAGCGCAAGAGGAGGUGCUGACGUGUCUCGGCAUCUGCAUGUACGAGCGGCUGCACCGCGUCUACAUGCGCAUGCGCGAAGAGGAGUGCACCUGUCAGGUGUUCGCCGCCGUGGCCGUGCACACGCUCAGCCGCAGCUUCGAGCAGGCCGUGGAACGGAUAAGGGGCGUGUCGCAGCUGGAGCUGCUCUACGCGGAGUUCGCUAGGGAGGAGCAGCAGAAGCAGAUCAGGCGGGAGCAGAAGAAGAUCAAGCGGAAGAGGAAAAAGGGCAAGACCGCCGACCUCGAAGGCAAAGAGAACUGCGCCGACUGCUGCGACAACGACGACGACGACGAAGAAGAGAAGGAGUGCUCGUGCCCGAACGACAAGAACGACUCCACCGCCUCUCUGACCUGCUACGAGUGCGAGCAGUUGCAGCCGCCCGAGCAGGGGGGCGGCAGGAAAUGCGGGGGCGGCGAGGACUACGACGACUACGACGCGAAGGGCGGAAAGAGGGGUGGGGGCAAGAAAGAGGGGGGAUGCGAAGGCGAGGGGUGGACGGAGGAGUGCAAGUGCGACAGCGAGGUGAAGGACGGGCGGAAGGGGUUCGCUUGUAAAUGUGAUACUAGACCGUUGGGCUAUUACGGAGACUUCCACGCUAAAAAGGAUCUUGGCUCGAACAGCGACCACUACCACGAUUGCGGCUACUCCUCAGAGAACAACAACGGCUGCUGCGAGACCGGAUCCCUGACCUCGAGCCUGUCCAGUUCUCCGGAAGGCUCGGAGCUCGCCUGCUCCGACACUUGUUGCCAGCAUGACACCGACUACAUAGCGCACUGUAGAUUGUCUUAUGGUGGCAAUGGGCAGCAGCUUAGUUUACAAGAAAUGUUAGAGGUUCAUAGUGAUGAUGACGAUGAGGAAUGCUACAUAACUCCGGAAGAGGUUAGGGAAUUUGAAAGCAACAAUAGGCAAGUUUUUGAAAAACGUCAGGAGUUGAGAGAAACGCUCCAGAAAAGGUUUGCUCAGUUUUGCGUUGAGGGUCCUGUGCCACGUAUACUCCUUCAAACCAAAUAUGCUUCAAAUUGAAUAUAUUUACAUUCUACUGAUUUUUUUCCAUAAUUUUUAUAUUGUUCAGUUUUAAAUUAUACACAAACAGUUGU